AUGAAACAAUUGACUUAUUUUCGUUGUCUCAAUACCUAUGGUUUGAGUUGUCAUACUCACGAUAACAAACCUUUGCUAUUGGUUGGACUGAAGAAUCUCUCGACUCUGGUGCUUCCGUGGAACAAAGAGUUGCAGCUGGAAUAUUCUCUACCAACAUUGGCAAUUCUUAAAAAAUUGCGUUUAUAUGACAUCGACAAUGCUGAAACUGUUAUGCGUCUAUUAUAUAGAUGCAGAUGGGAUCGCCUCCAAUGCUUGAGUUUGCACUUUCGGAUUCCCUUUCAUAAUUACAUUCGUAUUUCCUUUCCAUCAAUUUCUAGUUACGGCUGCUUAUGGAAAAUGCAUCUAUCAGGAGAGCUAAAGAAAUUACCAUCGUACUUCCCACCAAAUCUAACUAAGCUUUUGUUGGAAUCGGAUAAGUUGAAAGAAGAUCCAAUUCCAACUUUGGAAACGAUAACAAACUUGGAAAGUCUUCUGUUAUAUUCUGAUGGUUACGGGAUCACCAAAUAUUGUUUCUCAGCAAAGGGAUUUGGAAGACUUCGAUACUUACGACUUGGAUUUUUAUAUAACUUGGAGGAAUUGGAAGUGGAGAACGGAGCAUUGCCAUGUCUUGUUCAUCUACAAAUCAAGGAUUGUGAAAGGUUAAGAAUGCUUCCUGAACGAUUAAGAUUCAUCACUACCCUCAAGAAAUUGGAGGUAAUAGACAUGCCUGACAGAUUCAGCAGAAGGCUCCGAAAAUAUGGGGAGGAUUGUUACAAAAUCCAACACAUACCCUCUGUCACAAUACAACGCACUUGACUUCUCUUUUGCUGCUUCAAAGAAGCAAUUGGAGUUUGCUGCAU